AAAUUUGGAAACUCUUAAAUUAUAGAUUUUCUGCGGGCCGGAGCGGAUGACCAGCUGCCCCUUCCUCUACACAGCCGUGCUCAGCCCUUUCGAAGCCCAGAUAUAAGAUUUAUCCAAGUUAUAACACCUUAUCGCAGUUAUUGCAUGCCGCCUAAACAUAUUCUCCAAAUCCACCCUUUAGAACUACCUACGUUAAAAGAAAAAUUAAAAGCUCAGGAAAUUCAUGAUGAAUUAUAUGAUAAAGUCAAUAUUGGAUUGAAAUAUACUACAAAAAUUAGCAAAGAUGUUGCCAUAAAAAGAUCUAACAUGGUCAGGUCAAUUAAAAAAGAUCCUAAAAUGGAAGAACAGGCCAGGCUAAGGACUUAUAGAAUGAAUGUGAAAGAGGCUGAGGAUGAAUGGCAUAAGACAAUCGGUCCAGAACAGCUGCUAAAUUUGGCUAACCAUUACAACAUAAUGUCUGACCUCUAUGAUCUGGCAUAUUUUUACCCCGUGAAGCCAUUGAAGAUAACCCACAAUCUUCAAGACACUUGUGUACCGGUGUACAGAGGAAACAUUCUCACCUCCUUAGAGGCAGCCGAUGCACCUGAUGUUACAUUCGCAUCAGAACCCGACGAAUACUACACCCUGAUUCUCACCAGUUUAGAUGCUCAUAUGACGAUUUCAAAGGCCGAAUAUCUGCAUUGGCAUAUCUGCAAUAUUCCCGGGAACGAUAUAUCAGCUGGAGAAACCCUGUGCCAUUAUUUGCGGCCUUUUUACCCCCAUGGAACGGGUUACCAUAGGAUGGUCUUCGUUUUGUAUGCUCAGGAUGGUAGGAUGGAUAUGACUACCGAGAAAUUGUCAAAUCCUUGCUAUUCUCUAAAAGAUAGGACCUUUUCGACGCUCGAAUUUUACAGGAGAUUUCAGGAUCAUAUUACCCCGGUCGGUUUGAAUUUUUAUCAGUCAAUAUGGGACGACUCCUUGCCGAUAUUUUUUCGCGAAACAUUAAAAAUGAGGGUCCCUUAUUUCCAAUACGACAUGGAAGCUAAUAUUCGAAAAUCGAGGCAAAAAACAUACCCCUCAGGCAAAAGAUUCGAUAAUUAUUUAGACUAUCACCAAGAUCCCUACAUAAAAAAUAAAGAUGUCCUGACUCUCAAAUUGCGACAAUUUGACGUUUCCCCUUUUGAGAAAAGGUCAUCUCCUGUUUAUCCUAAUUUCGCUUUACUCGACUCUAAAAUGACCAAUUGGCAAAAAGAUGACUGCGUGAAGCAAAGAUUGGGCCAGGGCCGAUACAAGAAUAUGAAUGAUAUAGAUUAAUUUAAUUUUUAUAUAAAUUUACUUCCCCUCACACUAUACAUUUAAUACAUUAUUAUAAUUCAUUGUGAUAUAUGUAAUUCAAUAAAAUUUUCAUUUAA